CUAAGAUCAUUAUCCACCAUACACCAUUUCGGUUCCCUCUCUCUCCCCCUCUAACGCCAUUUUCCCCUGUUCUCUUCAAUCAUUUUCUGCAAAAAUUAAGAAAAAAUUGAAUUUUUACAAACAUGGCAACACUCAUUGCUACAGUACGGCCAAUGGCAGUUGGAUUGCCAGCAAAAUCCCAAUUUUCGAACAGAUUUUCAAUGAAGAGUUCAAGAAUGGAUUCAGAGCUAGGGUUCAUUACAUCCCAAUUGAGUGGCAUCAAAAUUUCAACGACCCAGUUUCAAACAUUUGCUUCCAUCCCAAUCUCUGCUCCUUUCAGGCCUUCUCUCCAACCUGUUGCUCGUAGGAUAUGUCCCUUCACGGGAAAGAAAUCAAACAAGGCAAACAAAGUUUCCCAUUCAAACCACAAGACGAAGAGGCUGCAGUUUGUGAAUCUGCAAUAUAAGAGAGUUUGGUGGGAAGCCGGGAAGCGCUAUGUCAAAUUGCGAUUGUCAACCAAAGCUCUCAAGACCAUAGAGAAGAAUGGACUUGAUGCAGUGGCUAAGAAGGCUGGAAUUGAUCUUAGUAAAAAGUAAAUUCAAUAGCAAUUCAGUAUUGCCUUAUUUUCUUUUUCCUGAAAAUUUGAUGAUGUUUUUCGCAAGGUUUUUGUCUUUCAUAUUUUGUAGCUUCUUUCACAUUUAAGGUUCAUUAUCUAUCUCUUUGCCAAAGUGCUGAAGAGUUAGUCAUAUUUUUGCUAAA